UGUCACUUUCGUGUGUGUUCGUACUUAUAUAAGUGAGCACCCCAAUACAUGGCCGGUACUCCUAGCUAGCUACCAUUAAUUAAACUCAAAUUCCAAUUCCACCACCCCAUUCUGCUUAUCACCUGGAAUUGCAGUACAAAUGGGUCUGAAGAGAAGUGACCUUCUGGUGUACACAACAUUGGAAUGCGAAACCAAGGAGGAUAUGCUGGCUCAGAUGACCAAAGCCAAGGAAGAAGGGGCAGAUCUGGUUGAGAUCUGCGUUGACUCGUUGACCUCCUCACACCCAUCUGAGGUCGAUUAUAUCAUUACACAAAGAACUCUGCCUUCCAUCGUCUGUUGCAGGCCCAAGACUUCAUGCGGAGGAGGUGACUGGAAGAGUAGAUGCUUGCAAAUUCUUAGACUGGCUGUGCAAUUAGACGUUGAGUUUGUCGAAGUCGCAAUAGAGGUGGCUUCUGAUAUGGUGAUGAAUGAGUUAAUGAGCAUUCGGUCAAGCAGCAAGAUAAUCGUCUCUAGUUAUGUGAAUGGGGGUGGACCGCCGCUGACAACCGAGAAACUCGGAGACCUCAUUAUAAAGCUACAGUCCACCGGUGCAGACGUUAUCAAACUCGUCAUUGAUGUUUCUUACAUCACAGAUGUUGCCCCUGUUUUCCAUAUGCUUACACAUUGUCAGGUUCCACUGAUUGUAAGGGCUGUUGGAGAUAGAGGACUUAUUAGUCAACUACUUGGCCCCAAAUAUGGCGCUUUCUUUGUUUGUGGAUCCUUGAAUGACAAGUCUACCCCUGGUCUUCCCCCUCUCAACAGCAUCAAGCAAAUCUAUCAACUUGAACAUAUGAAUGCAGACACAAGAAUAUUUGGAGUUGUUUCUAACCCUGUGGGACAUAGUAAAGGCCCUCUCCUACACAACCCUGCUUUUAGGCACACUGGGUACAACGGAAUAUAUGUGCCUUUGCUUGUAGAUAACCUUAAGGAAUUCUUUAGGGUCUAUUCUUGCACGGACUUUGCUGGUUUCAGUGUUGGAAUCCCACACAAGGAAGCAGCGGUAGAGUGCUGUGAUGAAGUUGAUUCCCUUGCUAAGUCCAUAGGUGCUGUAAAUACAAUAAUCAGGAGGCCUAUUGAUGGGAAGCUCAUUGGUUAUAAUACUGAUUGUGAGGCUGGUAUAACAGCAAUUGAAGAUGCGCUCAGAGAGAGGCAAAGGACAAAUGGUCAUGCAUCAUAUAAUUCUCCUAUGGCUGGGAAAUUAUUUGUGCUGGUCGGAGCUGGGGGUGCAGGGAGAGCUAUGGCUUUUGGCGCCAAAAGCCGAGGAGCAAGGGUUGUGAUCUUCAACCGCAAAUAUGACCGAGCGAAAGCCCUUGCCAAGGCAGUAUCUGGUGAAGCACAUCCAUAUGAACGCAUUAAUGAGUUCUUCCCAGAGAAAGGGAUGAUAUUAGCUAAUGCUUCUGCCAUUGGGAUGCAGCCGAGAAUAGAUGAAACCCCUGUUUGCAAAGAGGCAUUGAAAUCAUAUGAUCUGGUGUUUGACGCGGUGUACACGCCAAGGAACACACGUCUAUUGCAAGAGGCAGCAGAGGUCGGAGCUACUGUGGUGAGUGGGGUUGAAAUGUUCAUCAGGCAGGCUGUUGGGCAGUUUAAAUUGUUCACUGAUGGAUUAGCACCAGAGGACUUCAUGCGCAAGAUUGUAUUGGAACAAUUUUGAUAUAUAGUUAGAACACGAGAAAAAGUGUCGUCUUUUUUCCAGACCGAUCAUCAUCAUCAUCAUCAAUCACCAUGAUAGAGUGAGACAGAUUUUGUUGAUAAUGGUUUGGUUUUCUUUGUGGUUAUGGUCUACAUAUACCAUCUUCAGUAUCAGCAUUCAGAAGAGAGAAGAGUAGAGGAUAAUAAGUAUUGUAUAAUAAUGCAGGCUAAGUAUGAGGUUGUUAACCACACAGCGGAUAAGAAGAGCCGUGUUUGUAAAUAUAAAUAUCUCUUGUAAUAUAAAACUGUUGUGAUAUCAAGGAAUAUUGCUUUUUAUUGUAUGGGUCAAAAAAAGAGAAUGGCAAUGUUUUUGGUUAUUCCGUGUGAACUUAAUGGCAAAACUCAUCUUUUU